GGACCCCCGACGCUCCUCUGUUGUGAGCGCGACGGCGGAGGCGGCGGUCAUGAACGGCGAGUGGGAGGUCAGCCCACGUGAGGUGGCUGAGCACAUCAUGCGGCUGCGUGAGCACAUCGCCAAGGAGAUGGCGGAGGACCUGGCGCGGGUGUCGGCAGACAACACGGAGGUGCUCAAGAGGACGCUUUCCAUGACGUUCACGGAGGUGCAACCGCCGCUGUGAUGUGAUGUGAUGUGUUUUGUG